AAUUUUCGAGAAAAUCAAUUUCUAGACACCAUGGCUGAAGAUGAAGUUGCCGCACUUGUAGUGGACAAUGGUUCAGGAAUGUGCAAAGCGGGAUUUGCAGGGGAUGAUGCCCCUCGUGCAGUUUUCCCGUCCAUAGUAGGACGCCCCAGACAUCAGGGUGUGAUGGUUGGAAUGGGACAGAAGGACAGCUAUGUCGGUGAUGAGGCCCAGAGCAAGAGAGGAAUCCUCACUCUCAAGUACCCUAUCGAACACGGCAUCGUCACAAACUGGGACGACAUGGAGAAGAUCUGGCAUCACACCUUCUACAACGAGCUUCGUGUGGCUCCAGAGGAGCACCCCGUCCUCCUGACAGAGGCUCCCCUCAACCCAAAGGCAAACAGGGAGAAGAUGACACAGAUCAUGUUUGAGACCUUCAACUCUCCUGCUAUGUACGUGGCUAUCCAGGCUGUGUUGUCUCUGUACGCUUCCGGUCGUACCACUGGCAUCGUUCUCGAUUCCGGUGAUGGCGUCAGCCAUACUGUGCCAAUCUAUGAAGGAUACGCUCUCCCUCACGCCAUUUUGAGAUUGGAUCUCGCCGGACGAGAUCUCACGGACUACCUUAUGAAAAUUUUAACGGAACGAGGAUACUCAUUCACAACUACAGCCGAAAGAGAAAUUGUCCGAGAUAUUAAGGAGAAACUGGCAUAUGUGGCUUUGGACUUUGAGAGUGAGAUGCAGACAGCAUCAUCUUCUUCAAGUCUGGAGAAAAGUUACGAGUUACCGGACGGUCAAGUUAUCACCAUUGGGAAUGAGAGGUUCCGGUGCCCAGAAUCCCUGUUACAGCCGUCCUUCUUAGGCAUGGAGACUGUUGGAAUCCACGAAACAACGUAUAACAGUAUAAUGAAAUGUGACGUCGACAUUCGUAAAGAUCUCUACGCAAACAUAGUUCUUUCUGGCGGAAGUACGAUGUACCCUGGUAUCGCUGACCGGAUGCAGAAGGAAGUUACAGCUCUAGCACCACCAACCAUGAAAAUUAAGAUUAUCGCUCCACCCGAGAGGAAAUAUUCCGUCUGGAUCGGUGGAUCUAUCCUGGCUUCUCUUUCCACUUUCCAACAAAUGUGGAUCAGCAAACAGGAGUAUGACGAAUCCGGUCCAAGCAUUGUUCAUCGUAAAUGUUUCUAAGCGCCUGAGUGACCGGGAGUAUUUGAACGAGCGUAGUCUGGGUUACAAUUUCCCAGAAGAUUUGUAGAAUAUGAAGAAUUUGUACUGUAUGGAUCCAGAUAGGAAUUCGCGGGUUUUGAUGUACGAGAAAUUAGUCACAAGAUGUCCAAUAUCAUUGAUAAUUUUCACCGGAAGUCAUGUCAUAGGACAAAGACGACUUUCAGUUCCUGGUUUACGUUUUCUUUGUCGAACAAUACUUCAAGCAUUUAAACGUCUAUAUAACAUAUAUUAUACAUUUCCACGUGAAAAUGAUUCUUUUUAGAACUUGAGUUCGUUAGUUCAGCAUUCAACCUAAUAUAUUUGUGUAUCUAAAAUUAGAUAUAGAAAGUAAUUUUAAUGUUAGUUCAGCAAAAACAAAUUAGAAAAUUAGGUUAAAACCAUGUUAUUAUAGUGCAAUUAACAUGUGAAUUGAAUAAAAGACACUGAGUUCAAACUUGAGAAAAAUAG